ACACUACUUGAUAACGUCAGUAUCCACACAGUGAUCGAGCAGACUAGACGUAAAUAUGUCUCAAACAGAGCCGGAGCCAACUUUAUGGGACGAAUUGACGAGCCCUGUCAAUUUCACACUUAUCCUAGUUAUUGCGUAUCUUAUUUACAAGAUAGUAAGGGCGAAAUUUGAACCAGAGCCCGUAGCUGUGCCCGUGCAGAGGUUGCCAAAGAUGCGCAAAGAUCUCACAGUACAGGAGUUAAGAAAAUACAACGGUACGCAGCCCGACGGCAGAGUUUUGCUGGCGGUUAACGGUGUGAUUUUUGAUGUGACCAGGGGGAAGUCGUUUUAUGGGCCCGGAGGUCCAUAUGCAGCUUUCGCGGGCACGGAUGCGACCCGUGGCCUGGCGACCGGCACUGUCGCCGGUUCGGACAAGGAAUACGACGAUGUGAGCGACCUCACGCCGGACGAAGUAUCCGCCGCCAAGGAGUGGGAGGAACAAUUCACUGGAAAGUAUGACAUCGUGGGGCGUCUACUAAAGCCUGGAGAGACAGCCAAACAGUACAGCGACGAUGAGUGUGAAGCCAAGACCGAAGACAAGAAAUCACAAUAGAACAUACAGAGUUGACUUCAACGUGUGAAUCAGAUAA